AUGAAUUACCCUGUGAUUGGAACCUCUACUGUACAGCAUUAUCGUCUAAAUCUUCCACAAAUACUUCUAGCGGUCCAGACCAUCUGUUCCAUUCUACUCUACUCAUCCCUGUUUGCAGCUUUGCGAUUGCUGAUCAUGGGAUCCUUUUUAGCAACAAAGAGAAUGUCUGUGGGAUCAACUGAAGCUGAAAAAUUGAUCGACUUUGUACCAGAGCUGUUGCUAGCCAGACCAUGCCCAAAUUAUAAUGAAAAGUGGAAUGUCCAUUAA